AGAGUUUCGCUCUUGCUGCCCAGGCUGGCGUGCAAUCGCUCGGUCUCAGUUCACUGCAACCUCCGGCUCCCGGAUCCAAGCGAUUCUCCUGCCUCAGCCUUCUAAGUAGCUGGGAUUACAGGCUCCCGCCACUAAGCCCGGCUAAUAUUUUGUAUUUUUAGUAGAGACGGGGUUUCACCAUGUUAGCCAGGCUGGUCUGGAACUCCUGACUUCAGGUGAUCCGCCCACCAAUUCUUAACGCUGAGUCAGUAUGGGCUUUCCUUCAGCCCCAUAAAGUGCACCUCAGAGGUCAGGGAACACAUAACAAGGACAUUCAAAAGGGGAGCGCGCGGAAGUGGCUUUAGGAAGCACUAAGUCUUGCCUGGUUUUUCUUCCCCCCUGCUUUUCUAAAUCCAAACCCGGACUCCUCAACCCACAGCACCACCAAUUUCCAGGGCGGAAAUGACAUCGUAUUCACGCGCCGGAAGUGCAUUUGCAUAGUGAGACAAAGCGGAGAACGCUGGUGGGCCUGUUGCGGAGUACGCUUUGGACUGAGAAGCAUCGAGGCUAUAGGACGCAGCUGUUGCCAUGACGGCCCAGGGGGGCCUGGUGGCUAACCGAGGCCGGCGCUUCAAGUGGGCCAUUGAGCUAAGCGGGCCUGGAGGAGGCAGCAGGGGUAGAAGUGACCGGGGCAGUGGCCAGGGAGACUCGCUCUACCCAGUCGGUUACUUGGACAAGCAAGUGCCUGAUACCAGCGUGCAAGAGACAGACCGGAUCCUGGUGGAGAAGCGCUGCUGGGACAUCGCCUUGGGUCCCCUCAAACAGAUUCCCAUGAAUCUCUUCAUCAUGUACAUGGCAGGCAAUACUAUCUCCAUCUUCCCUACUAUGAUGGUGUGUAUGAUGGCCUGGCGACCCAUUCAGGCACUUAUGGCCAUUUCAGCCACUUUCAAGAUGUUAGAAAGUUCAAGCCAGAAGUUUCUUCAGGGUUUGGUGUAUCUCAUUGGGAACCUGAUGGGUUUGGCAUUGGCUGUUUACAAGUGCCAGUCCAUGGGACUGUUACCUACACAUGCAUCGGAUUGGUUAGCCUUCAUUGAGCCCCCUGAGAGAAUGGAGUUCAGUGGUGGAGGACUGCUUUUGUGAACAUGAGAAAGCAGCGCCUGGUCCCUGUGUAUUUGGGUCUUAUUUACAUCCUUCUUUAAGCCCAGUGGCUCCUCAGCAUACUCUUAAACUAAUCACUUAUGUUGAAAAGAACCAAAAGACUCUUUUCUCCAUGGUGGGGUAACAGGUCCUAGAAGGACAAUGUGCAUAUUACGACAAACACAAAGAAACUAUACCAUAACCCAAGGCUGAAAAUAAUGUAGAAAACUUUAUUUAUGUUUCCAGUACAGAGCAAAACAACAACAAAAAAACAUAACUAUGUAAACAAGAGAAUAACUGCUGCUAAAUCAAGAACUGUUGCAGCAUCUCCUUUCAAUAAAUUAAAUGGUUGAGAACAAUGCAUAAAAAAA